UCCCACCAAAAAAGGGCAAAAAAAAAAAAACACAGUGUCGAUUGAAGAAGAAGCAGCUGAAGCAAUCGUCUUCCUCCUGCGGAUACACCAUACGUGGACGUGGUCCUCCAUAACAAGGAGGAACCAAACCCCGCGAUCAAAAGUUGUUCUUUUUUAAUUUUUUCUCCUCCCUUCCUAUUUGAUUUUUUCAUUCGGUGGAUAAAUAGAGAAGAGCAACGGAAUACAGAGAAGGGUUUCGUGUACAAAACCUUGUGCUCUUAGCCAUAGGAAAAAUUCCCACUCCAAUCCAACUCUUCACGUCAUUGCCCUUCAAAAGAACCUCCUCUGCAACCCCUUUUCGCGUCGACCCUUUUGCGGUUUUGAUCUGAUUGUUCGUCUCUCCCGGCUGUUUGCUCAUCAAGUUCCUUUUUUUAUUCUCUUUUUUUUGUGGGGUUGGGGGGUGUGAUUUGCUCGUGAUCGGUUUGUGCUUCGCUGAAGCUGAUUGGAUCUCUUUCCGCUGAAGUGAUCGUUUGUAAUUUGGGGGAAUUGUGGUCUUGUGCGCGUCCGAGGGUUUGGUUGGGGAUGGUUAGGGAUUUUUUGAGGUGUUCUGAGGAUUACAAAAGUUCAAUAUUUUUGUUUGUUUAGAGUGUUUGGAUGUUGGGUGUGGCGCAAUUCCAAAUCUUUUUGCUGAUGGCAUGCUAGUCGGAUAACAAUUCCUGGUGCUGUGUAUCUGAAAAUUGGGUUGGACGUGUUCUCUGUCUCUCGCCGGGGAGGAGUAUUGUUUGCAGACUUGAUCUGGGAGCCGUUGCUUGAAUCGUAGCUGGAGGUAAACUUUGCCCUCUCUGCCUAGGGUUUCCUUUUCAGGCAAUUCUAACUCCAAUUCAAGCUGUCGAUCCGUCAGUUCACUUUGCUGUGGUCCUUGUCUUGGGAUUGCGGCUUGAAGCAUUGGUAGUUCAGUUGCUUUGAAUUGGAGACGCUGUGGUGUGGGAGUUUGUGUUUUCCAUAAAAGAUGAGUUCAUGUGUCACCGGAGGUGUGGUUCAUGGAGGCAAGCUUCUAGUACAUAUUGCUGAAAAUGGCCACUCUUUUAAGCUUGAUUGCAAUGGGAACACUGCUGUUGGGACAGUUAUGCGGAUCAUCGAAUCUGAUUUGGGGAUCAACUUCAAUGACCAGCUUGUCCUCUGCCUGGAUUUGAAGCUUGAGCCCCAGAGAUUGCUUUCAUCUUACAAGCUUCCGUCGGAUGGGCGAGAGGUGUUUAUAUUCAACAAAGCAAGGCUGCAUAGUAAUUCUUUACCUCCUCCACCGGAGCAAGUGGAUAUCCUCGAAAUCAGAGACCCUGCAACACGAUCUCCCUCGGAUGACCACCAUCCUCUGGACGAUGCUUCUGAUCCUGCUCUGAAAGCACUUCCUUCGUAUGAGCGGCAAUUUAGAUAUCACUACAAUUGUGGGAACAACAUAUAUAGACAAACGCAGGCCAAAAAAGAGAUCUGUGAGAGGCUCUUGAGGGGGCAGAAGGUGCAAGAAAGGGCGCUGGAGGUUGCGAGAAGCAAUCUGGAACAAUACUAUAGGGUAAUUAACCAGAAUUACUUGGAGUUCAUGAAGCGUUAUUCGCAGCAGCAUCGAGUCCAUUCUGAUCUUUUGGCGAAUUUUGAGAGGGAUUUAGAGAGACUUAGAUCAAUCAAACUUCACCCUCAACUGCAGACAGCAACAAGUAAAUGCUUACUGGAUUUUGUGAAGGAGGAUCACUUGCGGAAGAUGGCGGAGAACUGUAGCAAUUCUCACAGGCAGUUCGAGAAUAAAGUUUCUCAGUUCAAGCAGAUGUUUGGUGAAAUGAAGCGCAAGGUCGAGGACUUGCUUUCUAGCAAAGCCUCGCUUCCUGUCAGGAACUUGGAACUGAUGAUUAAGGAGCACCAACGUUACAUAAAUGAAGAGAAGAGUAUAAUGCAGUCUUUGAGCAAAGAUGUAAAUACUGUCAAGAAGCUGGUGGAUGAUUGUUUGUCUUGCCAAUUAUCUUCUUCUCUUCGCCCUCAUGAUGCUGUUUCAGCUUUGGGUCCCAUGUACGAUGUCCAUGACAAAAAUCAUCUUCCAACAAUGCAAGCUUGUGAUGAUUCAAUCCGUAAGCUGCUUGAAUUAUGCAAGGAGAACAAGAAUGAGAUGAACUUCUUUGUUCAUAGCUAUAUGCAGCGGAUUACCUACAUAUCUUACGUCAUCAAAGAUAUAAAGCUGCAGUUUCCUGUUUUCAAAGAGGCAAUGGCACGCCAGGAUGAUCUAUUUAUGGAUUUGAAGUUAGUCCGUGGGAUUGGCCCUGCAUAUAGAGCCUGCCUUGCUGAAGUUGUUAGAAGAAAGGCUUCUGUGAAACUUUACAUGGGCAUGGCUGGACAGUUAGCUGAAAGACUUGCAACAAAGAGGGAGGCUGAGGUCAGGAGACGGGAAGAAUUUUUGAAAGCACAGAGUUCAUAUCUACCUAAAGAUGUACUAGUCUCUAUGGGACUAUUUGAUAUGCCAAACCAGUGUGAUGUGAAUAUCAUGCCCUUUGAUACUGGUUUGCUGGAUAUAGACAUCUCGGAUCUUGAUCGAUAUGCUCCGGAGUAUUUAGCUGGAGGUCUUUCUAGGGGGGAGAAGCAUGGAAACAUGAAAGGUUCAUUUUCCAUGUCUAACGACAGUUUGAAUUCUGCAGAAUCAUUUUCCGCAGAAUUCCCUCAAAGUCCAGAGGAUUUACCUGAGGGCAGUGAACUGGUAGAGAUUGCUGGGACAAGCAAGAUGGAAGUUGAGAAUGCAAGGUUGAAGGCCGAACUUGCUUCUGCAAUUGCUAUGAUAUGCUCACUCCGGCAUGAAGUUGAGUUUGAGUCUCUUGAUGAAAAUAGUCGUGACAUGCUACUAAAGACUGCUACCGAAAAGACAGCUGAGGCCUUGCAUCAAAAAGAUGAGUAUUGCAAACAUCUUGAAUCUGUACUUAGAGAGAAGCAAUCGCAGUGUUCCUCCUAUGAGAAACGAAUUCAAGAGUUGGAGCAGAAAUUAUCUGAUCGAUAUUCGCUAGAGCAGAAGCUUUCAACUGGUAAGGAUGCCUUUGAGUUUGAAAAUUCUGCGUGUGCAAAGGCUGAAGGAUGCAAGCUUGACAUGAUAGGCAGUGGUGAAGUUCACAUGCCAUGCACAUCCACUGCUGAUUCUAUGGAUGAGGUUUCCUGCAUUUCAAAUUCACUAAAUGCGAAGCUGGGAAUUUUUACUAGGCAAUCAGGCAAAGCUCGAGAAGGAGUGGAUGAGAAUAUGAUGGAUUCAUCUGGCUUGCUUCAAACGCAGUUGGAUUCAUCAAUGCAGGAGCCACACCGUGAAGAACUGCAUGUCAUUGAUAAUGAUGAGAAGGAUAAAAUGCUGGGACCUUUAGGCAUGUCAUCGACGAACAGUUGUGCUGCUGAAAGCAUGCAUGAGCCUCUGAAUGUCUUGUCUUGUGAUGCAGUUGCUGAGGCAAGUUUAAAUGCCAAUGAGUGUGAUGAUCUCAUACUAGAAUUACGGAGUGCUCUGGCUGACAAGUCAAAUCAAGUGAAUGAAACAGAAGCUAGACUAAAGGCUGCAUUGGAUGAAGUAGUCGUGCUAAGGAGAGAACUGGAAGUGAGACAGAAACUUCUUGAUGAGUCUCAGAUGAAUUGCGCUCACCUCGAGAAUUGCUUGCAUGAAGCAAGAGAAGAAGCCCAAACCCAUCUUUGCGCUGCUGAUAGGAGAGCUUCAGAGUAUAGCGCCCUUCGUGCAUCUGCUGUGAAAAUGCGCAGUCUCUUUGAAAGGCUGAGGACAUGUGUCUAUGUAUCUGGAGGUGUUGCUGCCUUUGCUGAUUCCUUACGUGCCUUGGCACAAUCUUUGGCCAAUACUGCAAUUGAAAAUGAAGAUGAUGGUACUGCCGAGUUCCGAAAGUGUAUCAGGGUCAUUGCAGAUAGAGUUGGUUUCCUAUCUAGGUACCGUGAGGAGCUGCUUGAUAAGAAAUCAAAAAUAGAAGCUGCUAAUGAGCAGCUGAGGAAGGAAUUGGAAGAAAAGGAGGAGCAAGUUAAGACACUGUAUAAAAAGCAUCAGCUUGAAAAACAGGCAAACAAGGAAAAGAUAUCAUUUGGCCGCCUGGAGGUCCAUGAGAUAGCUGCGUUUGUGCUUAAUUCAGCUGGGCACUACGAGGCUAUAAAUAGGACUUGCUUGAAUUACUAUUUGUCUGCUGAGUCCGUGGCGUUGUUUGCGGACCAUCUCCCACGCCAACCAAGUUACAUUGUUGGGCUGAUCGUGCACAUCGAGCGCCAAACUGUGAAGCCUUUGCCUUCUCCACACCGGCCCGAGCAUAUUAGGGCUGAUCCUUUAGAUCAACUGACUUAUGACGCAGAUACUGACCGGCAGGCUUUGAAUGUUUCCGGGUCGACUGUGAAUCCUUAUGGUCUCCCUGUUGGCUGUGAAUACUUCGUAGUGACAGUUGCUAUGUUACCUGAUACUGCCAUUCAUUCACCACCCACUUCCUGAUCCCUGCUGCAGACAGAGACAGACAUGAUGGAAGCAAAUAAGUGUACAUAGGGGGAUGAUCGUUUUAAUUGUUCAAAGUGGAAUUUCUCUCGGUGGGAGUUGUUAACUUGAUUAGUUUUCUGUACAGCUGAAGAAUUGAUUGAGUUCGAAUCUCCCAUUUGUACAUAAAGAUUAUUCCUUAGGUUUCUUUAUAGGUAGAUGUGAAUAUCAGGCUAGCAGUCUACGCUUCUCCAGUUGUGAGCUCAUGGGUAAAUUAUUUCAUCA